GAAAUUUCAGAUCCUCCUAAAAUAAAAACUUUAUUAUUAUCUUUCCCAAUUAAAAAUACAUUCAAAUUAUUUAAAAAUGCUUGUAAUGUGACUUUGGAUUUUGAGAAUAAAUAUUUUGAAAACAAAAUUGAGUUGAUUAAAAAUCGUAGAGAGGAAUUCCAGUCAAUUGCUAAUGGCACAAUUCAACAAUCUGACGAAUUGGCUAAAUUUGGUGGAGAUUUAAUGGUCCUUAUUAAACAUUGUGGUGACAAGAUUGUCCCCGAUGAAGUUAUAUUAGAUUAUUUGAAUAGACUUUUAAAUGAUGCUAUAACUAAUAAAACUGCAAUAGAAGAAACCAACUCCAAAAUUAUAACUCUCAAGGAUGAAAUGAUAAAGAUUCAUAAUGAAUUAGCAGAAUUUGAUUUUGAAAAGAUGAAAAAUAUUGAUUCUACAACAUACGACAACUUAAACGAUACUGAAUCUAAAAAAAAGCUUUUAAAUAAAUGGUCAAAAAUCGCUUUUAUUAUAGGCGGAAUUUGUCUAACAAUUGCUGUACCCCCAGCAGUAACACUAGCAGCAUCAGUAGAAUCAAUAGCAGGAUUAGUAGCAACGAUAGCAUUGUUAGUGGAAGCAGCAGCAGCAGUAUCAGCAGGUGCAGUAGGGACAACUACUUUAUGCAUUGCUAAAUCUAAAGAAAAAAAAGCUGUCAAAUUACAUGAAACUUUAAGUACAAGACAAGAACAAAUGAUCAAAAAAUCAAAAAUUUUACAAAAAAAUAUUUCCUCAAUAAGUCAAAGUUUAAAUAAUCUUAAAAAAUUUUGGGAGACUCAGAUUGCUCAAUUAGAAAAUCUUAUUGUGGAAUUUAAUAGUUUAAAUGAACAGAGAUUUCUUCUUAACAUAUUAAUUAUUGAACGCUUGGAAAAACGAUGGAAGAAAACAAUCAAAGAAUGUGAAGAACCUUCUAUACAAUUGGAUGCAGGUUCAACUAGCACAUCUGAAAAUAUAAUGGCACUACCAUAA